AUGGAGGCAUGUCUGUCUGGAGCUUCAGAUUCUGUGCGAAUCAGGGCAGAUUCUGAAAUGCUGAAGCUUCAGUGGACUUGUACAAUACUUGCUAAUAAGUGUGGAAACUCAAGUAGAGUGCAAGAAAAGGGAACACAGGUCCUCGAAAGGUCAUGCUGUGCUCUUUGUGGAAACAUUGGAACGCCGGAGAGUGUCAGAGUUGACGAAAAUGAGACUGAAGACAGGGAGGAAACCAGUUCCACGACACUUUUAUUGGUGCUCAACACAAACAUAAGAUACGAGCAUGAUUCCUUCACAACCGUUUCUUGUAAUGAUACUUCGUUUCGGAAUGGGUUCUCUCUCAAGUAUCGCGACUGCAUUCAUAAAAUGAAGCUAUCAAGUGGCGUAGACGCUUCUGAGUUCACCAAUGUCCUACUUGAUUCCACAGCUCAAGCUAAGGACAAUAAGACUUUGAAUGAUGCCACCAAACGCAAACACCAAGUGCCUUGCGUCAAGUACUUGCUGUUUGCUGAUGAGUUCGAGUUGCAUGACGACGGAACUGUGUACGCCAUCUCUCAAGACAGGCAUUACAGUCCUGACGAGUACGAACACAUUGGAGAGAACGUUGCCAUCUGCUCAAAAAUUGCCGGCUUUGGCAAAAUUGGCGACACAAUCUCCAUCAUUGCGCUCGUCUUCGUGUCCGCCUCCAUGUUGUGCCUGUGCCUCCAUCUGGCGGCGUUCUGCUUGGUGCCGAAACUCCGAAACCUCCCCGGAAAGAAUCUGGCCUCGUUCUGUGUCGCACUGUUGUUGUCGUACACGUGCCUCCUGGCUGGCCCUUUUCCGGAAGUGGGCAGUAGCAGCUGCCGCGCUCUUGCUAUCAUCAUCUACAUCGCGUUUAUCACAUCCUUGCUCUGGACCAACGUCAUGGCUUUCGACGUCUUCACCACAUUGAGGCGUUCCGCGACAGAGCUCCGCGUCUCCAGCGGCGGCCGACCGCGGCGGUUCCUGUUCUACUGUCUGUACGUCCUGCUCACCACCGGAGCCCUGGCGGUGUCGGCCGUCUCCGUGGAUCUCCUCAGAGACCCCUCGGACCCGUACCGGCCCGGCUUCGGCGACCGGGUCUGCUGGUUCAGCCGGCCCAAGGCCAUGAUGAUGUUCUUCGCUGCGCCACUCGUCGCCCUCAUGGUGGUGAACGUGGCGCUCUUUUGCGGAAGCGCCAUCAUCAUCCGAAGAACGUCGCAGGCGACAGUCAACACCGCUUCGUCAAAGACGAACCUGCGGCUGUACACGCGGCUGGCACUGAUCACGGGCAUGUCGUGGGUGAUCGGCCUGGUCGCCGGCUGGCUGCACUUCCCGCCGCUCUGGUACAUCUUCAUCGUCCUCGACACACUGCAGGGCGUCUUCAUCUUCGUCUCGUUCACGCUGACACAGCGCGUGCGGCGGGACGUCGAGCGCGAGCUGUCGCGCUACUCCGCCAAGAGGAGGUGCUCAAGGCAGUCGCUUCGGUCCUCUCGUGAAAAGAACACGGUGAAAAGGGGAAUUGAAGGGGAGAGGUGCGAAAGAGUGUUGAGGGGAUACGAGAAUACCGCGGUGUCUGAGAGUCUGCCGGGAUGCGAGGGAGCCAGUGGCAUUGUUAGGUUGAGCGUGAUUGAUCCAGUUUUUGCCGUGAAGGAAGAAAUGCAGGAAGAAAACUUGGAAAAUGGUAAAAACGGAAUGUAAAGAAAUGAAUACAUAGUGUCACAAAGACAAAUAAACGCUAACCUAAGAA